AGUAACUGGUGGUGGAUGAUCCGGAUGUUGAUUAGUGAUGCCUGGCUCUGGAUAGAACCACGCUGCUGCCGGAAUGGACGCCUUCGACUUGUUUCGGAAACUCGGAGCUGGAGCUAAAUUUGACUUAAAGAGGUUUGGUCAGGACGCCGCUCGGUUUAAGGUUGUCAGGUCUCAGGGAUCUGACGCGUCCUCAGAUCCCCUAUCUGCGAUCGAUUUCUUUGGCACAGGAUCAACCAAUGGAUCCCAGAGCAGCUCUAAAGUAACCGAGGAGGAGGAUGGUGAUGGAGAGGAGUAUGAGGAGGGGGGUGAAAGUGAAGACUCUGGUGCAGGAGGCAAAAGGAAGCACAAGGAUGAGGAGGGAGAUGCGAAGAGGAAAAAGAAAAAGACCAAAAGAAAACAGAUGGAGGUGGAAGCUGGUAGCGGACUACUGAAAGACACAGAGGGAAGCGGCAUCACAUGGACGUCCUCGUUGGACAGAAAGAUCCAGAGCCUGCCUGGGGACGGGAAGGAGAAAUCCUCUCUGAAGAGGCUGAAGCAUCUUCAUCAAGAAAAGGUGAAUCGCAUUCGUUCUCAACACCGGAUAAACGUGCACGGCUCCGACAUACCCGACCCCGUGUGCACAUUUGAGGAGCUGCAGUCUGAGUAUCGCCUCAACCCGCGUGUCAUCCAGAACCUCAGAGACGCUGGGCUGAACUCCCCGACGCCAGUGCAGAUGCAGGCGAUACCGCUCAUGAUGCAUGGUCGGGAGCUGCUGGCCUGUGCACCCACAGGAUCGGGGAAGACUUUGGCUUUCUGCCUCCCGCUGCUCGCCCACCUGCAGCAGCCGGCCAACCUUGGCUUCAGAGCGGUGAUCAUCUCCCCGACCAGAGAGCUGGCCAGCCAGACCUACAGAGAGCUGCUCCGGCUGUCAGAGGGAGUAGGAUUUAGAGUUCACAUCAUCGACAAAGCCUCCCUGGCAGCCAAGAAAUACGGACCGCAGUCGAGCAAAAAAUAUGACAUACUUGUCAGUACACCAAACAGACUCAUCUUCCUCCUCAAUCAGGAUCCUCCAGCUCUCGACCUCAGCAGUGUGGAGUGGCUGGUCGUCGAUGAGUCCGACAAGCUGUUCGAGGGCGGUAAGACGGGCUUCAGGGAGCAGCUCGCCACAGUUUUUCUGGCCUGCUCCGGUUCAAAGGUGCGCAGGGCUUUCUUCAGUGCCACCUGCACGUCGGAUGUCGAGCAGUGGUGCCGCCUGAACCUUGACAACCUGGUGUCUGUCAACAUCGGACACAGAAAUACAGCGGUGGAGACAGUGGAGCAGGAGCUGCUGUUUGUUGGGACGGAGAACGGAAAACUGGUGGCCAUGAGGGACAUCAUCAAAAAAGGAUUCCUGCCCCCCAUGCUGGUGUUUGUGCAGUCUAUAGAUCGAGCGCGGGAGCUUUUCCAUGAGCUGGUGUAUGAAGGCAUCAAUGUAGACGUGAUCCACGCGGACCGCACACAGCAGCAGAGGGACAACGUGGUCAACAGUUUUCGCUCUGGUAAGAUUUGGGUAUUGAUCUGCACGGCUCUGCUCGCCAGAGGAAUCGACUUCAAAGGGGUCAACCUCGUGCUGAACUACGACUUCCCAACCAGCUCCGUGGAGUACAUCCACCGAAUCGGUCGCACUGGCAGAGCUGGACAUCAGGGGAAGGCCAUCACCUUCUUCACAGAAAAUGACAAACCACUGCUGCGCAGCAUCGCCAAUGUCAUUAAACAAGCUGGCUGUCCUGUACCCGACUACAUGAUUGGCUUCAAGAAGAUACACAGCAAAGUGAAGCGGAGGCUUGAGAAGAGACCUCCCAAACGAAGCACCAUUUGCACAACUCCUCGCUUCUUAAUGAAGAAGAAAGGAAACGCACCAAACAGAGGACAGAAAGGAGAGAAGCAGGCAGCGAGUGGAGAGCAGAAUGGAUCGGAAAAAGCAGUGAAGCAGCAGAAAGGAGAGAAGAGCACAAAAGGACAGGGGCUGAAGAAAAGAAGUAAAUCACAAAAAGGAGGAGGAACAGAAAAACACAAGAAGGCGUCUCAGAAGACAGGAGCAAAUUCCUCUGGAGCCAAGUUCAAAAAGAAAAAAGGUGAAGAAAAACAAGCCACAAGAGGAAUAGAGAGCGGUGCAAGCAGAAUGAUAUGAAAGAUGGACUUAGAUUAUUUUUUUUUGUUGUUUUUUUUUGUUUUUACAUCUUGCUGUCUUAUUCACUGCAAAUUUUCACAUUUGUGCUUUGUAUUAUCAGAGUAUACAAUAAACUGAUUUAUAUACA